AUGGUUGAAGCGAUAGAUGCGCCACUACCUCCGACGUCGACCACACCACAAGUCCAAGAUAUCUCCCUUCACGGCGACGACCCACCGCCUCGUUACAUCGUCAGAGAACUCCCCGACCUAUCCCCGCCGUCAACCACCAUCCCAAUCAUCGACCUCAGCCGACUCCUCUCCGGCGACGAAGACGGCGGCCGGGAAGAGCUAGGGGAGCUCAAAGCAGCUCUCACCUCCUGGGGUUGUUUCCAGUUGAUUGGACACGGGAUCCCAGGUGAACUCCUAGACGAAGUGCAGGUAUCAGCCAAACAGUUCUUCCGACUCCCGUCGGAAGAAAAACAGAUGUGCUUCCGACCGGAAGACGACGUAGAAGGAUACGGCAACGACCCAAUUCUAUCCGACAAGCAGAUCCUCGAUUGGAGCGACCGUCUGUUGCUAAAGCUCGUCCCGGAGGACACCAGGAAACUCCAUCUCUGGCCCACCAACCCCACCCAGUUCAGGGAAGUGGUGAGCGGAUACUCCGACGAGCUAAAGCGGAUCGUUGAGGCACUGAUGAAGGCGAUGGCGAGGUGUGUCGGUCUCGAGGAGGACUGCUUCCUAAAGCAGUAUGGAGGCAAGGAGAUGAUGAUGUCAAGGUUCAACCACUACCCGGUUUGCCCCCGACCCGACGUGGUUCUCGGGGUCAAAGCUCAUUCGGACGGGUCAGGCGUAACGGUUCUGCUGCAAGACGAUAAAGUGGAGGGCCUCCAGAUCUUGAAGGAGGGUCGAUGGUAUGGCGUGCCCAUCAUUCCCCAUGCGCUUGUUGUCAACGUCGGCGAUCAAAUGCAGAUAAUGAGCAAUGGGAUAUUCAAGAGCCCAAUGCACAGGGCCGCAGUGAGUGCAACGAGGGAGAGAUACUCACUGGCAGUGUUUCACUUGCCGGAUCCAGAAGUUGAGAUUGGGCCGGCCCAAGAUUUGGUGACCAAGGAACUGCCCCAACAAUACAGGAACCUCAAGAACUACUCUGCCAUCAACUUUGAUUGUUUCCAAAAGGGUGAAAUUGCUCUUGACUCGGUCAAAAUAUGA